CCAAACUCUCCUUUGAAAAUAAUGUCGAACACCGGUGUAGUUUUCCCGACGAUAGACUUGGGAGAGCUUUCCGAUGAGAUCUUGAAUCAGAAACUCCGUGAAGCCGGCGAGAGAUUGGGAUGCUUCAGAGUGAUUAACCAUGGAGUUUCUUUGUCUCUCAUGUCUGAGAUGAAGAAGACCGUUAUGGAUCUCUUUGAACGUCCCUACGAGGUGAAAGUACGUAACACUGAUGUGCUACCAGGGAGUGGUUACAGAUUUCGUCCAAGCGAAACCAAUCCUAAUUAUGAAGCGUUAGGUCUCCUCGACCUGGCUUCUCCUCAAGCCCUCAAUACUUUCUGUGACCAGCUCGACGCUUCUGCUGAACAAAGGGAGAUUAUGGUGAAGUAUGCAGAAGCUAUUCAUGGGCUUGCAGAAGAUUUAUCAAGGAGACUAGCAGAGAGUUACGGGUUGGCUGAUACUACCAACUUUUUCAAAUCUUGGCCGAUCCAGUUUAGUAUCAACAAGUAUCAUUUCAAACCCGAGACAGUCGGGAAAGUUGGUGUGCAGGCACACACAGAUUUUGGGUUCUUGACGAUACUUCAAGAUGAUGAAAACGUUGGUGGGUUUGAAGCCAUGGACCCUUCUUCAGGAACGUUCUUUCCCUUAAGCCCGUUGACAAACUCGCUUGCUAUCAACCUUGGGGACAUGGCGACAAUAUGGAGCAAUGGAAGGUUGGGCAGCGUGAAGCAUAGAGUGCGAUGCGAAGCUAAAACCAGGUUUUCUAUCGUCUCUUUCCUGUUGGGACCAGUGGAUACAGAUUUGGAAGCUCCGAGUGAGUUUGUGGAUGCUGAACAUCCGCGGCUAUACAAGCCUAUAAGUAAUAAAGGGAUACGAAGUCUCAGAGUGACAACGAACUUGAUUGAUGGAGAAGCUCUCAAACAUAUAUCCUAUGAAUGA